UUCCAACGUCUUAUGUGUCCGCUGUAUCCCCCAUAAUUAAUCACUUAAUUAAAAACUUAAUUUUGGCGGGCGUUUCUAUUUAUAUGAACACAUUCAGAUUCAUAUUUGUUGCAGAGCUCGAAGCGUAUGAAUCGUAUAUCAACCAUAUAUUUUGUUCAUACACCUCAGAGGUGUGUUUGGAUAGGUUUUUUCAUCUUCACUUCAAUUGUUCAAGAUUUGGUUCUAAUGGCUGAGUAUCGAGAAGCUCUUCUGAAGACUGAUAAAGUUUACUAUGAGAACUGUCCGGGGUGUAAGCAAGACCGAGUCAAGGAACUUCAAAAGGGUUUUCCUUUGAAAGAAUGUACUUCUAUUGGUGUCAUUGUUCUUUGUAAUGUGCUGCCAAUAUCCUCAUUGUUCCCAUUCCUAUACUUCAUGAUUAGAGAUUUUAAUAUUGCAAAAAAGGUGGAAGAUAUUGGAUAUUAUGCUGGAUUUGUGGGUUCAUCAUUUAUGUUCGGAAGAUUUUUGACUUCAUUCCUUUGGGGAAUGGCUGCUGAUCGAUAUGGGCGUAAGCCAAUAAUAAUAUUGGGGACCUUAUCAGUAGUAGUAUUCAACACUCUUUUUGGGCUUAGUGUGAACUUCUGGAUGGCAAUUGCAAUGAGGUUUCUCCAUGGAUCUUUCAAUGGUAUGCUUGGCCCUUUAAAGGCCUAUGCUACUGAAGUUCUUCGAGAAGAAUAUCAAGCUUUGGGAUUGUCCAUUGUUGGUACAGCAUGGGGAAUAGGUCUAAUUGUUGGGCCUGCAUUAGGAGGGUACUUCGCACAGCCUGCAGAUAAAUAUCCAAAUAUUUUCUCCAAAAGCUCAAUAUUUGGGAGGUUUCCGUAUUUCCUGCCAUGCCUUUGUAUAUCACUCUUUGCGGCUAUUGUGUUUAUUGCUUCCUUUUGGCUUCCAGAAACACUACACAUGAAUCACCCAGAGACAGAGGAAGGAUUUGACUGCUCUGAUGCUCUAGAAGCUGCUUCAGGUGGUUCUGUUAUGAAAGAAAAUGGGGCAGAAGUUGAAGAAAGAGCCCAAAAUUUUCAAACAUCCAUCUGGAAAAAUUGGCCCUUGAUGGCUAAUAUAAUUAUAUACUGCAUUUUUUCACUUCAUGAGAUGUCCUACACAGAGAUAUUUUCUCUUUGGGCUGUCAGCCCUAGAAGACUUGGUGGCAUGGGGUUUUCUUCUCAGGAUGUGGGCCAAGUUCUUGCAAUCUCCGGUUGUGGUCUGUUAUUUUCACAACUUUAUCUAUUUCCAAAGGUAGAGAAGAUCCUUGGGCCCAUUCCAUUGGCCCGAAUUGGAGGGGUUUUAACCAUACCUUUGAUAGCAUGUUACCCAUUGAUAGCGAAGCUUACUGGUUUCGCUCAGAAAUUCACAAUUAAUUGUGCUUCUUUGUUGAAGAAUUCUGUGUCUGUUACAAUUAUGACUGCAUUGUUCAUAAUGCAAAACAAUUCAGUGCCACAACACCAAAGAGGUGCGGCAAAUGGAAUUGCAAUGACUGCGAUGUCCCUAUUCAAAGCAGUAGGACCAGCAGCGGCAGGUGCUAUAUUUUCAUGGUGCCAAACUCAUCAAGAUGCUUUCUACUUUCCAGGCGUAUCGAUGGUUUUCUUCAUAAUGAAUGUCUUGAUGGUUUUGGUGGUGGUCUUAACAAUUGAAUCCUUUUUACCAAAAUCAUGUACUAAACCAUACGAAGAAGUGCAGAAAGAGAAGUUUAAACCUAUGGGUUGAUCAAAUUGUCUCUCCAAGGAAAUAUCUUUUUUUGAUUUAUAAAGCAAGUAGAAUAGCUAUUUUUGCUUGGUACAUUGGCCCAUUGUCCUCUGUGCAUUGUAUAGGCAGCAAAAAGCAGGUGGGGUGGCAAUGUGGAUACCAAUUGAAAUUA